GAAAGUGCGUUGUCGUACAAGUGUCACUUGCUAUUUCCCUGUAUGUUUGAAUAUGUAAAAAGAAACUGUUGCUAACUUCCUCAUUUUAUUGUGAAAAUAAGAAUCUAGUAUAGAGAAUUAAACUGGAUAUUGCAUGCAACGCUCACACUUCAAAAGGGAGCCUGGGACAAAACAGCAGAGACGAUUCGUUGCUCCCUUCUGGAAAUUUCCGAUUAUUCAAUAUUUAAAAAGAACAUGAUAUCAUUAAAUCACUCAGACAUCACAUCACAUCUACAGACUUUGAGAUAACUGCAUACAUUCUGGGUGUAGAAUACUGAAGUAACAAAGUUCUUCAAAGCUUAACUCAAGAAAAAUGAAAUUACUUUGGAGUGUCAUGUUGCUAGGUGUCCUCUUUAUUCGAUGGGCGACUUGCUAUGGAUUCAGGAACUGCAUUCAACAAUAUUACAAUACAUACAGCUACUCUUGUAGCUAUCGAAAGCAAUGGGACUUGAAAAAUAUCAUAUCUGAUCUUCCAAAUAAUACUUUGUAUCUCAAUAUAUCACAUAACACCAUAAAGACAUUAUAUCAGGGUGGCUUCAACCAAACACCUCAACUAAGGCUGCUGAAUAUCUGCCAUAACAAUGUGCUAAAUAUUGACAAUGGUGCCUUUGAUAACCUGACAAAACUACAAUAUUUGUACUUAUCAUUCAAUCAAAUUUCCAACCUUUCUGUUAGUGUUUUUCAAUCACUCAUUAGUUUAAAAUCUCUUUAUCUCAAUAACAAUCAUCUUGUGUCCAUUAAUGCUAACGUAUUCAAUCGACUACAUAAUCUGAAUUUACUUAAUCUGUCAUCCAAUUUCUUACACAAUUUCAGUCAAGUAGUGUUAGCUAUUCAACCUUUGAAAAAACUGACAUAUUUGAACCUGUGCUUUAAUCAGCUCACUUCUCUGAAUCAUUCCCAAAGACUCCCGUAUGCUCUGACUAAACUAUUUCUUUGCCAAAACCAAUUGCAUGAUUUAAACUGUGAGUAUAACUUCCUAUCUAACAUCACCUACCUUGAUCUCUCAGAGAACGACAUGACAUCCUCCUCCCUGCAAAAGGUCAACUUGAGCAAAAUCAGUUAUUUGAAGGUGGCAUCAAAUUAUAAUUUCAGUAUAACUGAUUUCCUGACAAACUCUACAGUACCACCUGACAAAAUAGAUUAUUCUGGAUUAUAUCUAAACAACAGUGGUAACAUUUCCUCAGUUUGCCAGUUUCUAAAAGAUAAACAUAUUUACAAACUCACUUUGAAUUCCAAUGAUAUUAAAAACUUGACAAAUGACUCUUUUAAUAAUUGUGGCCCUAUUACACAUUUGGAUUUAUCUAGGAACCGCUUGAAAAGUAUCAAGUGUUUGGACUUCAUAAAACACCGCACUCUUUCAUCUAUUACUGUUGAGCAUAACCUUUUAAAAAUACUGGAAACUUGUAGCUACAGAAUGUCUUUCCUAAACCUAAGUACUAUAUCAUUACGAUUUAAUAGAAUAUGGAUGAUCAAUAGAUAUGCUUUUGCUCAUACUCCCAAUUUACAAAACCUUUCAUUAAAUAUCAACAAUAUUGUAUGGAUAAAAAACAAUUCUUUUAAAGGCCUAUCAAAGCUAACAACACUGCGUUUGGAUAAUAAUCUAAUAAUAGAUCUGUAUAACACCACAUUUAAUGGUUUGACAGAACUUCGCACUCUCAAUCUCAGGAAUAACAGAAUUUCUGUUAUCUUUAACAAUACAUUCAGAAAUCUAAGAAAACUCCAUAUUUUGGAUUUAGGAGGAAACAAGAUUACACAUUUAGAAGGUAAAGCCUUAUGUGGACUUCAGACUCUCUCUAACCUGUAUCUGGACAAUAACAAUAUCAGGAAAAUCAGUAUGAGCACUUUUAGAUUUAUAGAGAACACAUUACAGGUACUAGACUUGGGGGCAAAUAAACUACAGUAUAAGUCAGCUAAAAAGACAUUCUCUCCUUUCAGUAGACUUCGCAAAGUAUAUGAUUUAAAGCUCCAAGCUCAACAGCCCUAUGGGCUAAGUACCUUGCCCCAUAGGUUCCUGGCUGGGCUACCCUCCCUCAGAAUGCUAUACUUAUCACAAAACAGACUCACAAACCUAAAUUCAGAUGUGUUUGAUGACCUUGAUCAGCUUAUCUAUCUCGAUUUGGCUGAAGACUGUAAUGGCAUUCAAAAUUUUCCACCAGGAAUAUUUAAGAAUCAAACAAAACUACGUGUAUUAAACCUGCAGAACAUCUGUCUCCAGACCUUUAAUGCUGAGGUUUUUGCAGAUUUAAUUAAACUAGAAAAACUUAAUUUGAAUAAAAAUGGCUUGAAACAUAUUGAUGUUCGUGUUCUUAAUAGCAUGACUAAGUUGAAGUAUCUUGACUUAAGCUAUUGUCCCCUAAAAUGUAUCUGCAACAAUGAAGAGCUACAAAUGUGGCUAAACAAAAGCGAAGUGCAGAUUAUUCAUCUAUACAACAUGUCAUGCCCUGGUGAACCAACUUCUUACUUUUAUAAUUUUGAAAUUCAUGUCUGUGAUAUGAAAAUUAAAACGCAACUGUUUUGUAGCACUUUCACAGCAAUCCUAGUUUUCAUAAUUAUCCCAAUAGUCUACAGUAAGUCAUACUGGUGUCUCAAGUACAAUUACUUCCUCUUUCUUGCCUGGCUACAUGAGCGCUGGAAGUCAGACAAAGAACGUUAUAAAUAUGAUGCUUUUAUUUCUUACAACACAAAAGACGAGGAGUGGGUGUAUUCAGAGAUGCUGCCUAUGUUGGAAACCUGCAAUCCUGCACAGUCUCUUCGACUUUGCCUCCAUCACAGAGACUUUCAACUGGGCAGAGAUAUCAUAGACAAUAUUGUAGACAGUAUUCACAAUAGCCGCAAGACUGUUUGUGUAAUCAGCAGGAGCUACCUACGCAGUGAGUGGUGCUUCUUAGAGAUGCAGCUAGCCAGCUACAAGCUGUUUGAUGAAAUGAGAGAUGUUCUUGUAUUUGUUUUAUUAGAAAAUAUCCCAGACAGAGAGCUUUCCACCUAUCAUAGAAUGAGGAAGGUAAUGCUGAAGAAGACCUAUAUUAGCUGGCCGGCAGAACCGGAAGCACAGAAGUUAUUUUGGGCAAAACUUAUAAAAGCCCUUAAAAGCAACAGCUCACCAACAGAAGACGAAAAUCAAGGAUUCACUGUGAAUGAGGAAUGUCUACCCAGUAUAGGCUAAUCUCACUGUAUAGGAUUGUCUUCUUAAUAAUAAAAGAACUAUUAAACUA